GUCUGUGCCAUUGUCGACAUUUAAACUGCAAUUCUUUGUGUUUUUUACCGAAGUCCGAUGGAAGUGAAGUGUGUUUGUUGUAGAUGUGGAAAUCCUCAAGCGGGUGCUGCGGCUACUUUAUGCCUUCCGGUGACAGGCACUCAAAACUCUUUUCAUUGCCAUUGCUUUUGUUGUGCUCAGCCUCCGCAAAUGAAAUGUUUCUACUGCAACAUGCCGCGUGAUCUUGGACCACUGGAGUCCCAUGGCGCUUGUCUACCCGACAAGCUCCAUGUGUUUGUCAAUACCGAGCAAUGGCCACCAUUUUCGGUUAAUACACCACAGCCACCACUUAUUGGCAUGGUUGUCACCCUUGGCAAUGCACAGGAAAUGCAGCAGUUGCCUGAUUACGUUGAUGGCAAUAAUGAAGUCAAUAGGGCUAUCUCAGAAAUGGAAGAAACUAUAUACAUCGAGGACGAAGAUGACGUUCCCACAAUGGGCACUCUUGAAAUAGUGAAAACUGAAUUACAGAAAUCGCCUGGAGUUGUGAAACCCCGUGUGUCAACCAAAUUCAAAUGGGUGUCCAUUGGUGACAUACGCAAGUGGAAGAGUUGCAUUCGCUGUGGCAUGGUGAAAAUCAAAUCGGAUGGUUGGCUUAAACAUGUACAAACAUGCGGACAGGAUCCAAAAUUUGCAAGCCGCAAAUUCUUCAUCUAUUUGCACACUCUGUCUUGGUGCAACACUAUGGUCAGAAACAAAUUUUGGGAACAGCACUCUAACGCCAAGAAUGGCAAAUGCAAAAUAUGCCGUUUAAGCCGUUUAAACAAAGACCCGUUGCCAUAUCAGCCAAGGCCGCCAACACGUAAAAACCACAAAAAAUAAGGCAACGAUCUCCUAUACUAAAGAAUCACAUCAAACGGAAACAAUCGAUGGCUGUCGAUGGGCCACGUUUUCAAAAUGCAGCUAAUUAUAAUAUUUCGAUGCACUUCGCUGCGGCAAAAUGAUUAAAUUGUUUCAAAUGUAUUUUCAGUUCAAUUAUUAAUUCCUAAUCACACAAAUGUUAAUGCUAUAACACGCUUUAAAUAUCCACUUAAUAAAUAAACACAUUAUUUUGUAAUUCAUGCAUUUUUCGCACAUCGAAAUACCAAAUUGCCAGCUGAACUGUCUUCGGUAUUUUGAGAUCGUGCUGCACAACGAUAACGAAAACAAUACGAUUUGUGACGCAAAUUUGAGCCACC